CUCCAGCACUCGAACCGGAAACGGCUGUAGUGGGUGGUUCUGCGUCUAGUGACCCAAGAUGGUGGCCUGCGAGGGCCAAUUUUAGUAUCGGCCCCGUGCUUUUAGCUUAGAAACACAUUUACAAAGCUGUGAUUGUGAAAAUACAUAAAACACCUGACAAGAUCAAAGCUGCAGGAGGAUGGACAGUGAGGUUCAGCGAGAUGGAAGGAUCUUGGAUCUUAUUGACGACGCUUGGCGGGAGGACAAGCUGCCAUACGAGGAUGUAGCGAUUCCACUGAGUGAGCUUCCUGAGCCUGAGCAAGACAACGGCGGCACCACAGAGUCUGUGAAAGAGCAGGAGAUGAAGUGGACAGACCUGGCCUUGCAGGGCCUCCACGAGAACGUCCCACCCACUGGAAACUGAUGCUGGGCUCCUUCCCAUGGAUGGGGUUUUCAAAAAUACAUGGAUAAAAAUGUUUUCUCUGUCUCCAAACUCAGAUCUUUAGUAAUAAAUCAACACUCAAAAAAACAUA